GGCGGGGCCAGAGCGAUGACAUCACUGCAGCAGAGCACCAUUCACACUGAGAAGUGAAUGAGACGAGACGCUUCAGUGAGUAAAUCAGAGCUGACACCAGUUGUGUUUGUGAGAUGAUGGUGGAACUUCCGCACUGAGAUGUAGAAUCCAGACGAGGAGGAGGAAGAGAGACAGAAAGAGGAAGGAACUCGCGUCUGAACAACACACUGAGAAGAAGAGAGAGAGCGAGAGAGCUGUUCCGGCCAUAGACACACCCACAGCUCCCUGUGACCUUCGACCUCAGCUGUGCACCAUGUGUCAUGUGAUCGUGACGUGCCGUUCGAUGCUGUGGACGCUGCUGAGCAUCGUGGCGGCGUUCAGUGAGCUCAUCGCCUUCAUGAGCACGGACUGGCUGCUGGGCUUCCCUCGGACGCCGGACGCUGUCUCCUCUCCACACGGGGAGACGUACCGCCCCACGCUGGGCAUCUACGGCCGCUGCAUCCGUCUGCCUCACCUGCGGCGCGGUGUCCUGUGCGGCCCGUACGCCGUGCACUUCACCGAGAUCGCCAGCGGGUUCUGGCAGGCCACCUCCAUCUUCCUCGCCGCCGGGAUCCUGCUGCUGAGCGCCGUGGCCUUCAUCUCCGUCUUCACCAUGUGCUUCCAGAGCAUCAUGAAGAAAAGCAUCUUCAACGUGUGCGGACUCCUGCAGGCCAUCGCUGGUCUGCUCCUGAUCCUGGGGCUGGUGCUGUAUCCCGCCGGCUGGGGUUCAGAUAAAGUGCAGGGUUACUGCGGCCCCGACGCCUCGCCCUAUCAGCUGGGCCUGUGCUCCAUGGGCUGGGCCUUCUACACGGCGCUGGGCGGCACCGUCCUCACCUUCAUCUGCGCCGUGUUCUCCGCGCAGGCCGAGAUCGCCACGUCCAGCGAUAAAGUGCAGGAGGAGAUCGAGGAGGGCAAGAGUCUGAUCUGUCUGCUGUGAGACCUCUGUGUCUGCUUCUCAUCAUCUGAUGUGUGUCCGUCUGGUGUAAAUAUAUACGUGUAAAUAAUGUAAAUAUGAUCGUGAAGGAUCAUGGGUUCCAGUCGCCCAGAAACCACUUGAUCUCGUGUGUGAGGAGAUGAACGUGAGCAUGUGCCAAAAUCACAGCAUCAUGAUGCCUUGAGCCACCCAACCAGACCUGAGACCCACAGAACCAGAGACAAGAGUGUGUGUGUGUGUGUGUGUGUGUGUGUGUGUGUGUGUGUGUGUGUGUGUGAGAGUGUCUGAGUGUGUGUGU